AUGACUGUUGAAAAGAAGAAUCAAAAGACUGUAGGUGGGGGUGUUACUCAGGAAAAGAAAACUGCUGUAAAUGAUGUUGGAGACGCUACGAAAUCGACAGAGAAGAAGGAUGACGCCAACGUGGAAGCUACAGAAACGCAGAAGUCAAACGACGAGUCCAAAGACGAUGAUGUGGUGAUUAUAGAGGAAAAGAGCGAAGAAACGAAACCAGCAGCAGAGACUGCUGAAGGCGAGAAACCCGCUGAAGGGACUACUCAAACUACGCAAGGAAACCGCAAAAAGAAGGAGAGAGUUUUCAAGCGGAAAGUAGUUCGUAUACCAAGAGAGGUAUUUGAUUAUAUGGUAAGGAUAGAAGAGGAUGGGAACCAUCAGAUUCAAUGUGACACAAUUCAAUCUCUUCUUCACGAACGAGAUAUUAAACAAAACCACCUCGCACUUAGCUGGGAAACCGAGGAAGUUCCUCUCAUGAAUAUCAGUGUCCCACCUACCGCGAAAGAGAAUCCAAUCCUGAUUGUGGACAAUUUUUCAAGCGAACCGAAGGAUCGUGAAACACAAGAAAAGAGACUGCAAAGCAUGUUAGAGGGUCGGAAAAGAUUCGCGGAUAAGCAAAAACAACUAGAGGCUGACAUUGCUGCGGGCAAGAUAACACUGGCGGAUCUUAACAAAAAGAAGAACGAACAAACCGGGAAAAAGGGCACCAAUGAUGGAUCGCCAAACAAGUGCGUUUAUUUUUUCAAUUAUAUUGCGUAG